AUGGCGGCAGAGGCUUUCCUAAUGGCUGAUGCCUCCAUCACUAUCUUGGCUGAUGGCAGUUCAGUGCCUAAGAACUACCAGCAUAUCCUGGCCUUAGCAUUUGCUGUCAACGAGAUCAAUGAGAACCCCACAAUCUUGUCAAAUAUCACUCUGGGUUUCCAUAUUCUCAAUAGCUACUACACUGCACGGACAACCUAUAAGGCCACACUGAGCCUCCUUUCCACACAACAGAUGUUUGUCCCAAACUUCAGGUGUCACAACCAGAACAACCUGAUAGCUCUCAUUGGAGGAUGCAUUUCCGAUAUUUCUGCCAAUAUGGCUGUCAUUUCAGAAAGUAAGAAGACUCCACAGCUCACUUAUGGAUCAUUUUUGCCAUCAGAGGGUGUCGGAAUACAUUUUCCUUUUUUGUACCAUAUGGUCCCAAAUGAAGCCAAACAGCACAUGGGAGCUGUCUGGUUGCUUCAGCAUUUUGGAUGGACAUGGGUUGGGCUCUUUGCUGUGGAUAAUGACAAAGGAGACCAGUUUUUACAAACAAUGGUGCCAGUGUUUUCCCAGAAUGGCAUCUGUUAUGCCUUCAUCAUAAGAAUACCGAUAUGGAAUUAUGUAGAUGAACUGAUACACUUGCUUGUACAGCACUGGGAAACCUAUGUAAUUAUCAUCCAGAAAAAUGCCAAUGUAUUGUUUGUAUAUGGAGAACCUCCAUCCUUUCAAGUUUUGAGAAUAUUGCUGUUUCUAGCACCCUUUAUGGCAUUGCCUCCUCUGGGUAAAGUGUGGAUUGUCACAUCCCACUGGGAUUUUGAAUCACUGUCUGUUCAAAAGAUUUGGGAAAUGCAAACCUUCCAUGGUUCCAUAUCCUUCACUGUUCACUCAAAUCAGCCAUUAGGAUUCCAAAAGUUCAUUCAAAAGAUAAGACCUGCCUGGGCCAAAGGAGAUGGUUUUAUCCAGGACUUCUGGCAGCAGUCAUUCAGCUGUUCAUUAAAAAUGUCUAUGGGACUGAAGGGAGAGGAGGAGAAAACCUGCACUGGGGAGGAGAAGCUGGAGAACAUUCCUGGAAUCUUAUUUGAAAUGAAGAUGACUGGUCACAGCUACAGUGUCUACAAUGCCGUCUAUGCUGUGGCACAUGCUUUGCAUGCCAUAUAUGAAUACAGCUCUAAACAUAGAAGAGUGGCAGAAGGUGGAAGAUUGAUAUUUCAGAAUGUGCAGCCAUGGCAGGUCCAUCAUUUUCUAAGACGUAUCCUAUUCAAUAACAGUGUUGGAGAUACUGUGAGCUUUGACGACAAUGCAGAACUCAUUGUAGGUUUUGAUGUAACAAAUUGGCUGAUGUUUCCCAAUGGCUCGGUGGUUAGAGUAAAAGUUGGAAGACUGGAACCUCAAGCUCCUCCGGGCAAACAGUUAACCAUUAACGAUGGCCAAAUUGUCUGGCAUCAAAGAUUUAAUCAGGUGCUGCCUCUUUCUGUUUGCAAUGACAACUGCCAUCCUGGCUAUAGCAGGAAAAAGAAAGAGGGAGAGAAAUUUUGCUGCUAUGAUUGUGCUCCUUGUCCAGAAGGGAUGAUCUCUGACAAGAAGGAUGUAGAUGCUUGUGUCAAUUGUCCAGAAGACCAGUAUUCCAAUGAGGACAAAACUCAGUGCAUUUCCAGAGUUCCAAGUUACCUCUCUUACAAAGAAACUUUCGGGAUGAUCUUAACUAUCUUUGCUAUUUCUCUCUCUUUCAUUACAAUUCUAGUACUUGGGACUUUUGUGAAGCACAAAGACACUCCCAUAGUCAAAGCCAACAAUCAAACCCUCACAUACACCCUCCUCAUCUCCCUCCUCCUUUGCUUCCUCUGCUCCUUACUCUUCAUUGGACAGCCUGGAAAGGUCACCUGUCUUCUCCGACAAACGACUUUUGGUAUCAUCUUUUCUGUAGCUCUUUCCAGCAUUUUGGCAAAAACCAUCACUGUAGUUCUAGCAUUCAUGGCAACCAAACCAGGAUCUAGGAUGAGAAAAUGGGUGGGAAAGGGACUGGCAAAUUCUAUUGUCCUUUGUUGUUCUGCCUUUCAAGUUGGCAUUUGUACUCUUUGGUUAAGUACUUCCCCUCCAUUCCCAGAUAGGGACACACACUCUUUAAAUGGGAAAAUCAUAUUGGAAUGCAAUGAGGGUUCAGUUAUCAUGUUUUACUAUGUGUUGGGCUAUAUGGGCUUCCUGGCCACUAUCAGCUUCUUUGUGGCUUUUCUUGCCAGAAAAUUACCAGACAGUUUCAAUGAAGCUAAGUUCAUUACUUUCAGCAUGUUGGUGUUUUGCAGUGUUUGGUUAUCAUUUGUUCCAACCUACCUGAGCACCAAAGGAAAAUACAUGGUGGCUGUGGAAAUCUUCUCCAUCUUGACCUCUAGUGCUGGAUUACUGGGUUGCAUUUUUUCCCCUAAAUGCUACAUCAUUGUGCUUAGACCUCAGCUUAACAACAGGGAGCAACUAAGAAGAAAACCAAAAUGA